CUGUAUCCUGGCUUAUGGUCAAUCAGGCUCUGGGAAGAGUUACACAAUGAUGGGCCUAAAGGACAGUCCAGGGAUCAACAUCUGGUCAGUCACAGAGUUACUGCGUUUGUGUAAGGAGAGAGAAAACUGCACAUACACAAUUAAGAUAUCUAUGCUGGAGAUCUAUGUGGAGAGCCUGAUUGAUCUCCUGUGUGAGAACCUGCACAGUGAGGUGGAGAUCCGCACGCAGGGUAGGUCGGUCGCUGUACCAGGCCUCACUCAGGUGGAGGUGAGAACAGAGGAAGACGUCUUAAAUGUCAUGGAAAUGGGGGAAAAACACUCACACCUCACUCCAGAUGAAGCAAACACAGAAAGGUAGGAUUGCUGCUCUCUAGUUCUAGC